AUGUCACUGCCUAACAAUUCGAAAGACCUACCUGAAUCGAGGUCUAUGGCUGAUAAUUCUAAAGGAAGUUUUAAACUUCCUCCAAUUUCGUUUUUAUCACAUCAACAACAGACAAACCAACUCCCUCUGGCUUCCAAUUUGGGGAUUAUCAAUUUCAUGAGUGCUGAAACGAAAAAUCAGCCCAAAGAGCUUGAGCAUAUUGAUAAGAAGGUUAAGCUUGAAGGUAUCAAUGAGAAAAAAAUACGUGAUGCCAAUGAUAACCAAUAUUCGUCGGAUCCUGGUCUUGGGUUUGAGACAACACAAUCCGAAAAAAGGGAAGAUAAUGGUAACUCAUCUGACCCGGGAUCCGCUGAGCAAGGAAAUAUAACUACAAAUACAGGUGAAAAGGUGUCAAAUACUAUUUCGACGAAUCUGGACUCUCAAAAUAGGAAUAAUUUGGAUCUUCGUCAUCAUCAUCAUCACCACCACCACCAUGCAGUGGGCCCUCAUCAUCACCACCAUCAUCAUCAUCACCACUAUCAUGGGGAUGAAGAGAAAAACAAUCCACAGGAUACUAUAGAAGGUACUUCAGAUACAAAUAACUCCCCGGCUCCGUCAUUAAAUAACGACGAAGGAAAUGGAAACCAUAAAGAUACACGGGGUCUGAUUUCUGUUUCUCCCGCUAAUAAUGGCUCGAAAGAUAAAAAUGAAAUAUCAAGUGUCUUAAAACAGAAAUCUAUCGAGAAAUAUAGAGGUCUGGUAAAAUUAAACAAAGGGCCCAUUAUAGAUAUCAUCAAGGAAUAUUUUCCUGAAAGGCGUAACUUAGGGUCAUUAGUGUACAAUCCCACAACCAGCUGGCUAACCUUACAAACUGAUCAAUUAACGGGGUUAAAACCAGAACAUCACGAACGAUUUAAUGAGAUAAAAAGAAACUAUUUGGAUAUUCUUCAGGAUAAACGUAAUGCUCCGCCCACCAAACUUAUUCCGGUUAUACCACCACUACCUACUGAAUAUGUGAAUUCUAUAAUUGAGAUUAAGAUACCUUUUAGGUUCGUUAAAUUCUUUAAAGAAAACAUGGAAAUGCACGAGGGUUACGUUAAGAAUAGGAACCUUUGGGGAGGAGCUAGUGGAGUCUAUACCGAUGAUUCAGAUAUUUUAACAGUGCUCGUUCACUUAGGCUUAUUUAGUGAUUCUAUCGAUUUAUCUGAAUGGAACGUCGAGUGGACUUCUUCUGAUUUCAUACGACCCUUAAAUUCAAAUGGUGACUUUAUAGGGGAUUUGUCAGUUGAGGUGUUAUUACUUCCUUCCUUACCAGAAUAUCAUGGAUUUUUCGCUAAUGGUGUCAAUUCCAGGUCUUGGUUGGGCGUCGAUAAGCAUGACGGUCAAUCAAUAGCUGUAUACAAUGUCAAGUGGGAAAAUUACGGAGCAUUUUUGCAGAACCCCAAUAUUUUUAAGCAAUACCAAUUGGAGAUGAGAAAUGAUGAAUUCAUCUCGAAACAGGAAGCAAGAGAGCAGGAAGGUUGGAAAUUUGAUUAUAAGUACUUCAAGAAGCUCAAACAAAAAUACGAAAACCAAGAAAAUAAGUCGGUGCUCCUGGAAGGUGUUUCUUAG